CUGGAAGGGUUGGAUCACUGCAGCACCGCACCAAUUGAUGCUCACAGAAAUCUGCUAAUUGAUGAGGAAGAGAUUUCAUUCCGUAGGUCUAUGACGGACAGGAGAAAAGUACCGAGGCAUGACCUAAAACUGGAUAGAUUGUCGGAGCGCGAGAAGAAAAAACUGAUUGUGGAGCUAGUCAAAAUCCAAAAUGAUGGGACAGUGGAAGUUGAUAUUGCUAGAAGUUCACCUGUAGCUUCAGAGUUGUUAGAGCUUCAUUCUUUUGAAGGGCCACCCAUUGAUAUUGAUGAGGCUAUCUUUUCUGAAUCCAAGAAAUCAGUUCCAAGGUUGAAGAUUGCAAUGCUUAUUGUAGGAACACGGGGAGAUGUACAACCUUUCUUAGCUAUUGCAAAGAGACUCCAGGAAUUUGGUCAUCGUGUUAGGUUGGCAACUCAUGCAAACUUCAAGUCUUUUGUGCGCUCGGCUGGUGUGGAGUUUUACCCUUUGGGUGGUGAUCCCCGUGUUUUGGCAGGAUAUAUGGCUAGAAAUAAAGGUCUCAUCCCAUCAGGACCUGGAGAAAUAUCAACACAGAGGAAGCAACUGAGGGCAAUUAUUGAAUCUCUUCUUCCAGCAUGUACGGAGCCUGAUAUUGAAACCAAUGCACCUUUUAGAGCUCAGGCAAUCAUUGCAAAUCCUCCCGCUUAUGGUCAUGCACAUGUUGCUGAAGCUCUUGGAGUGCCACUUCACAUCUUUUUCACCAUGCCCUGGACGUGA